AUGGGGAAGACGGUGGCUCUCAGGUCUCUAUAUCGUGCAGCUUCUCAUAGAUCUUCGAUAGGCUUGUCAUCUGUCGCCGGCAACCAGCUUCUUCACCAUCAAUCAGCUCCUCGAUCCCUGUUCACUCUCUCUUCCGCCACCGCUUGCUUGUUGUUAGGUUCCCGGUCCCAUUUGGCUAUCAGCAUUGGUAGUAAAAGGUCUUAUAGUGAGGAUGUAGCACACUUGCCCGAGAUUAAGGACCCUGAUGUCUUAUGUGCUUUCAAGGACUUGAUGACUGCAAGUUGGGAUGAACUUGAUGCGACAGUCGUCCAUGAUGUAAAGAAUGCUCUGUCCAAGAACACUAAUGACAAAUCCGGUCAAGAGAUACUGAAGAAUAUUUUUCGGUCAUCUAAAGCUGUCGAAGAAUUCAGUGGGAUGGUCAUAUCUCUAAAGAUGGAGCUAGAUGACAGCAUUGGGAUGACCGGCGAGGAUGUACAACCGCUAACCGAUGAUUAUGCAAAGGGAAUCCGCAUGUUUUUUGAAUGGUACUCUGCGUAUUUGGAGUCAUUUGGACCUGAUGAUGCCUAUCUAAGAAAGAAAGUAGAGAUGGAAUUGGGUUCAAAGAUGAUAUUUUUGAAGAUGAGAUGUGCUGGCCUCGGAUCAGAGUGGGGCAAGGUGACCCUGAUUGGUACUUCUGGACUUGCUGGAUCUUAUGUUGAACAAAGAGCUUAAAGUCCCGGAAUCUGUGAUCCAAUUAGGCUUAGUUGCAAAAGUUUUUUUAGCUUGGAAUCUGUGUUUGUCGAUGGUUUCUAUCAAGUUGCUGAUCUUGGAAACCUUUUAAAUUGGAGUUCGAUUGUAGUUCAAUAAAAGCUUAGCUAUUUCAAGAUUUGCAUUGAUG